CUUGUCAAGAUUCUAGACUUUAAGAUAACGGAUCCUCAUCAGAUCACACAAUCUCGCCCGCCGCCAAGCUCAACCUGAAUAUAAUCGUAUCCCACUACCACCCCACAGUACGUCACUCAUUCAACAUGCCAUCCCAUCUUUCACCCGCCCUAUUCGAUUCAUCAGCUGCUCGUAUUAGCAUCUUUCGAAUCUCAAACUCACUAGGCACUGAACUGUUGGACGACUACAUCGGGCUCAUAGCAAAUCAGAAGCUUCGGACUGAAUUAUUUGUCUUGUCGUUUCUACUCAAAGAUCGGGUCUAUCCUGCUGAUCUUUGGGAGCUAGUUGGGGAGCGCAGUAUAGAAACGAAGCAAGAGGAAACGUUGCGAUUACACCAGAGUACUUGUACUGGAGGAGAUGACGGAAGUCAUGCAAUUGUGGAACGAAUUCUCAUAGAAGAGAGGAGGAAGCGGUGUCAGAUAGAGGUGUCUCUGUACAGCCAGGCUAUUGAACGCCUCGAGCAAUACCGGACACCAUUACCACGUAUCGGCGAUUCAGCCACGCAUAACAUCAGGAUGCCCUCAGCAAUGUCGAAGAAAGAGGUUGCACCUUUGACCUGUCCGAUAGCUACGCAAGAGAUGUGUGAAGCUUGGAUAACUAGGAGCGAAGCCUAUCUCAUCCCAGCUGCAGAACCCUUCAUCGAACCUUUCUCACCUUCGGACGGCUCUGCUACAUCAGGACAGGAUCUAUUAACCACUGCGCAGGAAGAAACACCAAAAUCCGCGAUUUUGAAACACAUCACCCCUUCAUUACCCCUGUUAAGCACGUGGGUCACCACUCGAGCUAAAGAAGCCUUUUACGAGGCAUUCAAAAUAGAACAAGCCAGUCAAGCAGAACUAAUGGCAAAGUCUCUUGCGAACAUGCGUGACAACGGUUAUAUGCGCACUCGCGAGCGGGAUUCGUUCACCUUGCAAGCAAAAAUGCGUCGAGCCAAAGCCGAGAUAGAUCUAUAUACCCUCGCCAUUGACAAUACCCAUGAAUUCAAUUUCUCUGACAACAGUUCAUCAACGUCCUCUUCUGAUCAAAGUGUCCCGCAGCCUCUGUUUGAGAAAGUGCACCGCUAUGAGGAGGACGUCGACGAUGAUACGGACGAUGACUACAAAUAUUGGUAAUGUAGGUUUUCAUGUAAUGGUCCCAUCCUGUCAAGGCAGACAUUAAUACUAGUUACUACUGAUUGAAG